AUGUCUUGCUUUCUGUCGCAUUCCUUAGAAACUUCGUGCGGAGACUCACGAGGAGUUUCCGGGUUGUUUAAUUUACUUCAGUGUACUGACUCAGUAGAGAGUCAUCUCUCCUUUAUCCAUUUGUCAAAAGAGAGUGUCACGGAAGAAGAGCUUAUCCUAGCAAGGGCUGGCCUGUUCGAUAUAGAUGACUCAGUUAUGGCAAAAAUGUUGGUCUGUGCAAAGCAUAGGCACACCUAUGGGAAGUUCUGGCGCCAAAGAUCAGCGUGCCAGUAUCCGACACACCCUGGUAGCGAUUCCAAGGGGGCAAAGAGCCGGUAUUCUGUCAAUUUGGAAAUGUCGAAGGCCAUUUCUAAGAUGUAUGGCGUUCUCGUUCAAGUAGGUUCAGGUAGGAACAAGUGAUUUAAGAUACUGAAGUGGCUGAUUUCAACCAAUCUCUCCCGUUUUCUCCCCAAUCGCUCGUUCGUAUAUUAAUCCACUUUUUCCUAGGUCCAGUUAUUUGUAUUAACUGCUGCAACAAGCACAAUGCUUCUGUGAAGGAAAUGCCAUGGGUCUCUUUGGAAUCCACAGAGAAAGAAGACAGUGAUCCCUGCGCUUAUGUGAGGUAAAAGAGUUUGUGCGAAUAAAAAGCGUUUGAUAUUGAUGCAUGCAGUUGUGUACAUAAGCUGAGAUACAUAACCCUUUUCCAAUAAGAAAAUGCUCUACGGGCGGUAAUUGUUAACAAAUAACUUUAGUAAUUAAUCAUAGCUUACUGGAGUUUUGCCUGUCAGGGAUCUCGAGGUAAUUGCCUUUUGGUUACGUUAAUUGCAAGACACACCGAAAGGUAUAUCUGUUUGUAUCGAUUCAGUUUUUGUAGAUAUUUUGUAAACUACAAAAGAGAUGUGCCUAGUGCUAAAGCAGUUAGCCUGCGUACAAGGCUCUCGGCGAAAAGCCUGUAGUAAGCAUCUGAGAGAACAGACGCUAUGUCUUUCUCUCGCGUAACUUCUCGCUCGCGCGUGCUAGGUUUAAUCACUCGCGCCCAGUUGACUUUGAAAGCAUGUUACCUAGUUUAUGUGUACAAAUUCAUCUAAAACUUGAUAUCUUUAAUCGAAGGCCAAGCAAAGAUGCCGCUCUAGAGAAGUUCAAACUAGCCAUGAGCUCACCUAUUACACCAAGUUCUUCCAGGCUAUCCCACAGCACCAAUGACGAAAUGUGGACUCCUUCAGCCGUGUUGGCGCUUGACGAAAGCAUAGAAAUACAGGAUUUCAGACCAACGAGAGGAAAUGUCCAAGAUCCAAUUCAAGUUUUCAAUGCAUGCAUUGAUAGCCUCGCCGAUGCUGUACAAAAACCCAGGAUUACACAUUUGGAAUCCCAAGUAGAUUGUUGGGAAAAAUGCUCCUUUACUGAAAAAUCUGAAUUUGUGCAAAAAGCUGGGGAAGCGUGCCAGCUGGUGUGCGAUGCCAUAGCUCCAAGAGAUGGUAAAGCGUUAUUCCAAGCAGUCGAAGACCAUGAACAGAAGUGUAAGACAGCUAUUGAUAUUGGCCUUCAAACCCUUAUGGUCGCCUAUCAGAAUGCUCCCACAAAAUCACUUAAGACUCAAAUACUGAGUAUUUAUGCUGAUAGAUUCUCAGCCAACGAGCUUAAACGCUUACAUCAACCAUUUGAAAACCUCUCCGAUAGACAAAUAAAGAAGGCAAGAGCACAGGCGAAGAGUGAGGGGCCUGGAGUGCCCAUUGAAAAAAUCCCGCGUCAUAGAAUCCGUUUACAACAGCGUCAGCUAGACCACUUCUUAGAGUUCACUAUGAGGCCAUAUUACUAUCAAGACGUAGCCUACGGUACUUGCACCAUAAAACUUGAGAACGGUGAAGAGUUUGUCAUACCUAACGUGGUGCGCACAGUGGCCAAGUGCACCAUCAUUAAUCAAUACAUGGACCAUUGCAAACAAACUGGAUUUCAACCGAUAAGUAAAUCCACGAUGUGGAGAGUACUAGAAGUUCAAGGGGCCACACAGAGGAAAUCAUUGCGGGGUCUAGACAAUACUGCAGCUGAGGGAGCGGAUGGUUUUUUAAGGAUUUUCUCCAAAUUAUAG